CGUACACACCAAUACCAGCCUCGGUGAGAGCAGCAUAUAGGCAAAGUGCGAUUGUGGCAGAGAGCGAACUUCAUAUAAAAGCAGCACGGCGGCCCGAAGAAAGCCACUUACUGUACAAUCGUUGCUGCGAUCGGUUCAGUGUGUGUGCAAGUGAGGCGGCGUGACCAGCGAGAGCGAGACCGAGAGAGAAAGCUUAAUUGGCAAACUGACAGACGGACAGCUGUUUUUUGGAAUCUUUCUCGAGGGAAUUGCAUUGAGUUAGCGCAGAGAUGGCCGAUGAAGCACAAGCACCACCAGCGGAGGGCGCACCACCAGCCGAGGGCGAGGCACCACCACCCGCCGAGGGAGCCGAGGGUGCCGUCGAGGGCGGAGAGGCUGCCCCACCGGCAGAGCCCGCCGAGCCGAUCAAGCACAGCUACACGCUCUUCUACUUCAACGUGAAGGCGUUGGCCGAGCCACUGCGCUACCUGUUCGCCUACGGUGGCAUUGAGUACGAGGAUGUCCGUGUCACCCGCGACGAGUGGCCAGCCCUGAAGCCAACCAUGCCCAUGGGCCAGAUGCCCGUGCUGGAGGUGGACGGCAAGCGUGUGCACCAGAGCAUCUCGAUGGCUCGAUUCCUGGCCAAGACCGUUGGCCUGUGCGGCGCCAAUCCGUGGGAGGAUCUGCAGGUGGACAUCGUGGUGGACACCAUUAACGACUUCCGUCUAAAAAUUGCAGUCGUCUCGUACGAACCGGAGGACGAGAUCAAGGAGAAGAAGUUGGUCACCUUGAACCAGGAGGUCAUUCCAUUCUACCUGGAGAAGCUCGAGCAGACCGUCAAGGACAACGACGGACACUUGGCUCUGGGCAAGCUGACCUGGGCCGACGUCUACUUCGCAGGCAUCACCGACUACAUGAACUACAUGGUCAAGCGUGACCUGCUGGAACCUUACCCGGCUCUGCGUGGUGUCGUUGAUGCCAUCAACGCCUUGGAACCCAUCAAGGCCUGGAUCGAGAAGCGUCCCGUCACCGAGGUUUAAGUUCCGGAAUGAUGGAGCUACGGGGAGAAGGGAAACCAUCAGAUAUACACCCGAACCCGCACUGCAGACAUGAACACCAACCCUUACAUCUGUACACACACACACUUUGUUCCUUUUUGCGGGGAGAUUCGAGGAGCAGCGGACCUUCGCACGGGGUCAUGAACGCCUAGGACGAGUAGGAGAAGUUUAGCACGUGUCACUACUACGGACAAGUCGUAUUUAAGUUUAUUUUCAAGCCUAUAUAUAAUUCUCUUUGCAUGGCGCUAUAUAUAUAUUUCUAUUUGGGAUCCUCAGCGGAUCGCCGUUUGUUUGGUUCUUAAGAAAAACAAAUGAUGAUGAUAAUACUUAUUGCACAGUUUAUAAUAUCCUUUGGCCUACCUUUAGAACAUACAUUUAGCGCAGCAAUGCAGACGCUGACUAUAGCUAUAUAUACACAAACUCUACAAGUGGUUCAUCUUUUAGGCGUAAUUUCUAUUAUACUUAACUAAUUGCAAGGAGCUCAAGAAGAAUAUUUAAAGCAAUUACAAAAUUAUUUCAAUUUUUUGUUCUUAUCACACGUUAAAGCGUCGGCCCCAGGAAUUUUCUUCGUCUUGUAUAGUUUCCCGCUUAAAGUAAACCUCAAGAAAGAAAGACUCAACUCAAUAGAACCGGAUGCUAUUCAAAUUAAACCCAAAAUCAAAAACAAUCGGGAAAUGCUGUAACAACAACAGACGUUAACUGCCAAAAAUUCAAAUGCACUCAAAAUCACACAUUACAUCACAUACAUUAUUCACUUUAUUUAUGCAAAAUUGUAAUUGUAUUUUUUAAAUAUUUUCAAACAACACUUUUAAAUAAACUAAACACCUAAAAAAGGAAUGAGCACUUUUCAAAAGCAA